AAGUGAUAAAAUAACGAAGAAAGCAUUUAAAGAAUGCCGUUUCAGGCACCGUCGUGGACAGAAUUCUAUACCUGUCCAAUCUGUGGUAAUGAAUUUUCAGUUAAUCAACGUCAGCCAGUAAGUUUGGGUUGCGGUCAUACAAUAUGUCGAGUCUGCCUUGCUACUGUGUACAAUCGUCAGUGUCCCUUUGAUCAGACUUCAAUAACAACUGAGGUGGACAAUCUACCUAUAAAUAAUGCUCUUUUACAAUUAUUGGAAUCGGGAAAUUCAAAAAAGUAUGGGAACGAUAACGACUGUUCUGUUAACCCAAAAUUAACCAGUAAUAAUAAUAAUAAUGAAAACCACAAUGGCGACGGUAAUACCGUUCUAUGUGAUAAGCAUAUGCCACUUAGUGUUCGAAAGCUAAGUUCAGAGGAUUUAAAGUGUUACAAAUCGGCUCAAAAAUGUAUAGAAGAACUUGCCCAAUACCUCAAGUCAUUUGUUGCCAACAGCGGCAGUUUGUUAACUCGACCGAUGCUACGCAAAUUGGUCACUUUAGUAAAUUGUCAACUCAUGGAAGAGGAGGGACGAACGCGCGCUGUAAGAACAGCGCGUCUUUUAGGUGAACGCACGGUGACUGAGUUAUUGUUACAACACCAAAAUCCUCAGCAGUUGAGUUUAUAUCUGUGGGCUGCAGUACGUUCACGGGGAUGCCAAUUUUUGGGUCCGGCUAUGCAAGAAGAAGUCUUAAAACUGGUACUGCAGGCUUUGGAAAAUGGUUCAGCUUUAUCUCGCAAAGUUUUAGUAAUGUAUGUAGUUCAGCGUUUGGUCGAAAACUUCCUCCCAGCCUCCAAAACAAGUAUUGGGCAUGUGGUACAACUUUUAUAUCGUGCCAGUUGUUUUAAAGUAUCAAAACGCGAAGGGGAUUCAUCAUUAAUGCAAUUGAAGGAAGAAUUUCGCAAUUAUGAAGCUCUGCGCCGCGAGCACGAUGCUCAAAUCGUACAGAUCGCGACUGAGGCCGGAUUGCGGAUAGCUCCAGAUCAAUGGUCUUCAUUGUUAUAUGGAAACACAGCCCACAAAUCACAUAUGCAGAGUAUAUGCGAUACAUUGCAAUCGCCCUCGUCGUUUGCCCAAUCUGUUCAAGAAUUGGUUUUAGCGUUGCAGCGCACGGGUGAUCCCACUAAUCUGUUUAGUUUACGUCCUCAUCUUAAGCAUCUCACCGGGAUUGAUCCCUCCCUGGAGAGCCCUCCACCUUCAUGGCAAGACGUUGAAAAUGCUCUCGAUGCAGUGCGUCAUGUGGUAUUAGGCUUGGUAAAAUUUGUGCAAUUUCACAGCAAUCGAAAAGCUCAAGAUUACUCAGUAACGUCAGCUAAUGCUAAUGCAAAGUAUAAAAUUAGUUUAUGCCGUGACCUCACAAAAAAACGUGUUUGCCCCCGGGGUCCUAACUGUACUUUCGCUCAUUCUACGGAGGAACGGCAAAGGUAUCGCGCUAAAAACAGAAGAAAUGCUUCUGGAAAGAAUGUCUGCCGAAUUCCAGCUAGUGCUAGUCAGUCCACAGAAAAUACAGAUAAAGAAUUUCAACAACAAUCGCAGCAGCCAAAACGAAUUGCAUCUCCCAGGCAAGCACAGAGUCCACACAUUUGUUCAUUGCCGCGGAUACAGAUCAGUUCAGAGCCGUCGUCUUCACCAAUAAGGCUAAAAAAUUCACCCUUGCAUCAAUUUCCAGUAAAUGACAACGCAGCUUGUAUGGUACGAAAUAGCGGCGUAGAGGCAGCUUUCGGCGAUUCAACUACUCAUUCUCCUUUGAGCAUGCAGAGUUCUUUGAAUGUCUUACACCCGACACCUCUCCCGCCCUCAGUCGCGAUGCCGCCAGUGCAAACUUUCGAAAAUGUCCCAUUUGCUCCCUUGAACCAUCCGGGGAAACUUGUACGGAUGCCACCUACGAACAUGAAUGUAUCAUCUAGCACACGUUCUCCAAGUAAUAGAGGGCAGACACAGAGCGGUAUGCAUUCAGUCAGACCUAUGCUGAAUGCAUCAACAAAUAUGGCGACUGCCGUUAACCCACCGAAUGUUCAAAGCACAAAUCUAAAUAAAUCUCUUGGAAGUCCAUUAAACAAAAAAUCCUUAUUCAGCACUCCAAUUGCAGCCGACUUUUAUGCUGUCGGACCCAUAGGGCUUAAAGCUCAUUCACCAUCAUUAUUUAAUAGUACGUCUAUAGACGCCAACACCGCAGCAGCCCUAAGUUCACCUCUCGGCGGGGAUUUUCCGUUGGGAUUUGUAAAGUCCAAACUGAAGCCUUCAGUACCACCUACAUCAGCCCCAUUAUGGAAUACUCAACAGCAAUGCCAACCCCUUUUGAAUCCACAUGAAUUGAUUCAAAGCUCAAACCCCCAAAAUUCGAAUCAACAUCACCUUAUAUUUAUGCCGCCCCCUACGGACAUACCACUAGUUUUUGAAAAAAAUUCCUCAGGCUUAUUAUCUGAUAAUUUUAUUUUUAACAGUUCUUUUUGUUCGAACAAUAACAACGAAGAUAGUCCGAAACUUGAUUUCAUGGAUCACACAGGAAACUCUCUAAAUGAAAACCUACUAACGUCAACAGGGCAAAAUAUAUUAUGGAGUCCGUGUAAUAAUAAUAAUAAUAAUAAUAGUCUGAUGGGAGCCACUUCAAUGCUUAAUAGUGGUUCUGUUCCUGGUGUUAAUGAAAGUAAUGCUGUAAACAUAGAGGCAUCCACCCCAUCUUUAUUUCGUGACCGGGACAGUUUUGUACGCUCUGACUCUAUAUUAGAUGAUGAUGCAUCCACUUAUGAUGUGCCCACUACGACAGCUGCUUUGGGCAGUAAAUAUGGUCCCAUAUGUCCUAUGUAUAAAGGUUUCACACCUACACCCGGCCCGAACCCUUAUAUCAAUAACGCCUUUAAUGAUAACUGGGACAAGCCCAGUCAGAAUCCUACCAUUAAUAUGGCCGAGUCGAACUUCUCCAUGUUUUCUAUGGAUAAUGAUAACACGCUGGCAAUGUCAAUGGCGCACCCGAUGACUGAUUCCUCUAAUAAUGUUUCACACCCACAUUCGACAUUUGGUAAUUUUAAUAGCAUGCAAGCUGCCCUCUCGAAGCUAUCGUUAAAUUUCAAUUCGAACGUUCUCCCUGCCAAUGCCGUGAACGUCAACGAUCUAACGGUCGGAGGCAAUUUAAAUAAUUUUAAAUUUGAUCUCAAUCCGCUAAGCAAUAUCCUAGGCUCCAAGAGUUUUAGUGCGGAUUUGGAAAAGACUUCCGUGGUUAAUGAUGAUCAUAUAUGGAAUAACUCAAAUAACUCGAAACAAUCAACGAUGAGUUUAAAUUUAAAUAAUUUUUGGGGCGAUGAUAUAUCGUAUUCAAAAUCUUCAAAUUUAAGUACAGCUACAAUAUCACAAGCAACAUCUUUUAUUGAUGAUCGGCAGCACAGACAGCUUAAUCAACAACAGCAACAACAACAGCAGCAGGAGCCGCAUCAGCGAACAACACAACAAAUGGAGGAAAACUACGAUAGGACUAUAAUGCGCGACUCUGAGUUAGAUGCACGUAUUACCGAAAUAGUAGACAAAAUCUGGCCCUGUGCAGAUGAUAAUGUUACCAAGAUUGAUUAACUGAUAUCGCAAUAUGAAACAAUGAAAGGUAAACUAUCAAAGAGUCGACAUUUAAUCAUACAUAUCCAGUAAUAUUUAUGCAGACAGACAUUAACACGACUACAUUCAAUUAAUUACUUAUACGUUCAUGAAAACUUAAGUUUCAGUAUGUAGCUACGUUUGCAAUUUUCCUUUUGAAAGUGAUAAUCUGUAAUAUUUUCCGGGUUAAUUUUCGUUCUCUCAAUUAGCGGGCGAGUUGAUUUUACCAUAAUAACCAUUUCUGUUUUUUAAGGUUUUUAUUAAUUAUGUAAAAAUUAAAUAAUUAAAAGUAAUGUAUUAAAUUUUUUAGAUUGAAAUUUAUAUCAAGAUGAGAUAUAUAUUUUUUCUAUACAAUUUUUAAACUAAAAGCGCAGAGGAUCGUUUUUGAACUUCCUUUAGUUGUAAUAGCAAAACUUACUGUUAUUGUUUGUAGUUAUUGCCCUCGCCAUCAUCAUUGCCAUCUUAUAUAAGCAGCGUGUGCUUGCAAGCAACUAUAAUUUUUACUGGUGACAAAUUUACCUAGAAUUAUAUUCAGGUAGGGCAAUGUGAUUGUGAAGAUGCCUUCAAUUACCACCAACUAUCUGAAUGAAAGAUUUUAGAAGAUACUAACCAAACCUAAUAAAUGUAAUGCCAGCAUAUAUAAUUUCUACACAUAUAUAUAAUAUAUAAUUUA